AUGCCUCAGUCGUCUCCUGCAGCCAGUGGCUCUACCGAGGAUGAACCGAGCGGUAACGCAGACCGUCCUCGGCCUCCUCUUCCCCGAGUGGCUGUCCCCACUUUUCCGCAACGUAAUCGCCCGCAGGGACAAGUGAAGCGCAACGCGGAUGCAGAGCCUCCUUCCCCGCGGCAUCGUAUGACGAAACGCGUUCGUCACUCGUACACCGCGAAAGAGAAGCUUCACUGGCUGAAGAUGCAAGAAUUUCAGCCGGACCUGUCGAAUCGAGCUCUUGCCAAGCUCGCAAAGGUGCAACCCUGCCAGAUUCGUGACUGGAAAAAGAUGAGGGAACGACUGGAGGUCGCUUCCGGAUGCCGCCGUCGCCUCAUGGGGGCAGGACGCAAGGCGAAGUACCCGUUUAUGGAACGGGCGGUCUACCGCCAGUUCCUGAGCCACCGGGCAAAGGGGCUCUCCGUUUCUGUCAACAUGCUCCAGAAGUGGAGUGCGAAGUAUAUGAAGCAUCGGAUGCCUGGGGUCAAUUGGCGCGCGUCGUUCCGCUGGUCGGCUCGUUUCCGCGCGCGGUGGCACUUGGCAAGGAGGGUGAAGACUAAGAUGGGGCAGAAGUUGGCAGCGGGCAAUCUGCAAAAGCCGCCUGCGGAGACGGUUCUCCGCUGGAUCGACGAAUCCUGGGAAGCUGUUCCAGAAGAGCUCGUGAAAAAGGCGAUCGUCACAUGCGGGAUCUCCACCAGCAUCAACGGCACCGAAGACCACCUCAUCCUUGCCCACAUGCGGGACAAGGGUGAGGUGGAGGUGCUGGACGACGUCAACGAGAUGGUUGACGACGAGACUGUCGUCAACCCCUUCUACGCUGAAGUCCCCAUGCCGGCCGAGGAGCUACAAGUGGAAGAGGAGGAUGACGCGGCAGAGGCGGAGGCGGAGGCGGAAGACGAGGAGGGGGUUGGGCCUGCAGACGGCGAGGAGGCGGGGGAGUGCAGCGAUGAUGAUGACUGGUGGCGUCAAGGCCGCUUUGACGGAGAAGAGGUUGAAGAAUGGCAUGCAGGGGACGAUGAUGAGUAG